GAAAUCCCUCAAGAGGACCAUUAUCAAAUCGAAGCCUUACUUCGAACUCAAGGUCCAGUUAAACUCCCUAUUGGAGAUGCAGAAAUGGUGCAGCUGUUGUUUCUUGUAAUUUCCAACGUGCUUCCCACACUUAUUGCAUCCAUGCAUAAUUCAACAACUGGAGGAUGUGCCAUCAUUCGCCCUCCUAGAGAUGGAGGGAUUCGUUACAGAGGGCUGACUCAGGAGCAGAUUCGCAGUGUGCAGAUUUUGCCUGUAGACUAUGAGAUUGAAUACAUCUGCCGGGGGAGCAGGGUGAUUGUGGGCCCGAAGGUGCGGAAGUGUCUCCCUGAUGGCACAUGGACAGAUAUGGACCAGCAGAGCAGAUGCUUGUUUCUGUGUCCCCAUGUGUGGACGUCUUUGGAGAACGGCAGAGUGACACUGCGACCCCCUGGACCUCCAGUAGAAGGCACUGUGCUCCAUUACAACUGUCAUGCUGGCUUCCUGUUGGAGGGCAAGAACGUUUCCCGUUGCACCAAGCAGGGCAAUUGGGACUCGCCCAAACCACUGUGCAUUUGGAAGAAGAAGCUGUACAUCGGCGCGCUGUUCCCCAUGAGCGGAGGAUGGCCUGGGGGACAGGCAUGUCUCCCCGCCGCGCAGAUGGCACUGGAGCUCGUCAACAACCGCACUGACAUCCUGCCCGACUACGAACUCGAGCUCAUCUAUUACGACAGCAUGUGUGACCCGGGGGAAGCCACGAAGCUCCUGUACGACCUCCUCUACACAGAGCCAUUAAAAAUUGUCCUGAUGCCAGGAUGCAGCUCUGUUUCUACACUAGUGGCUGAAGCAGCUCGUAUGUGGAACCUUAUAGUGUUCUCCUAUGGCUCCAGCUCUCCAGCACUGUCCAACAGGCAACGAUUCCCAACUUUCUUCCGCACUCAUCCCUCGGCGACGCUGCAUAACCCCACACGUGUGCGCCUCUUCCAGAAGUGGAACUGGAGCAAGAUUGCCACCAUCCAGCAAACAACAGAAGUCUUCACUUCGACAUUGGAUGAUCUGGAGCAGAGGGUGAAGGAAGCUGGGAUAGAGAUAAGUGUGAGACAGAGUUUCCUCACUGAUCCUGCCGUGGCUGUCAAGAACUUGAAGCGUCAAGAUGCCAGGAUUAUUGUUGGCCUUUUCUAUGAGACUGAAGCAAGAAAAGUCUUUUGUGAGGUCUAUAAGGAGAAACUCUAUGGAAAGAAGUAUGUGUGGUUCCUCAUUGGCUGGUACGCAGACAACUGGUUUAAAAUCAAAGACCCAGCCAUUAACUGCACGAUGGAGCAGAUGACCGAGGCUGUGGAGGGACACGUCACUACAGAGAUCGUCAUGCUGAAUCCUGAGACCGUUCGUGGUGCCUCCAACCUGACUUCCCAGGAGUUUCUGGCUCAGCUCAUGUCUCGUCUUGGUGGGAAGAACCCUGAGGAGACAGGUGGUUUUCAAGAGGCUCCCUUGGCAUAUGAUGCAGUGUGGGCCCUUGCUUUGGCUCUUAAUAAAACAGUUGCACCGCUACAAGCGAAAGGAAGAAGACUUGAGGAGUUUAAUUACAACAACCAGGACAUCACAGCCGAGAUAUAUCGGGCUCUAAAUACCAGCUCAUUUGAAGGCGUAUCAGGCCAUGUAGUCUUCGAUGCUCAGGGAUCCAGAAUGGCUUGGACACUCAUAGAACAACUGCAAGGUGGGAGUUACAAGAAGAUUGGAUACUAUGACAGCUCAAAAGGCAAUCUUUCGUGGUACGGAAAUGACAAGUGGAUAGGCGGAGGCCCUCCAAGAGAUCAGACGGUGGUGUUAGAAGAUUUUCGUUUCCUUUCCCAGAAGCUGUUUGUUUCUGUAUCUGUGUUUGCUGGCCUGGGAAUCAUCCUGGGCAUCGUUUGUCUCACAUUCAACAUCUACAACAGCAACAUUCGGUACAUCCAGAACUCUCAGCCGUACCUGAAUAACAUUACAGCUGUGGGUUGUGUGCUUGCCCUGGCUGCUGUUUUUCCACUGGGAAUUGACGGGCUUCAUGUAGACAGAUCUCGGUUUCCUGUGGUGUGUCAGUUCCGCCUGUGGCUGCUGGGGCUGGGAUUCAGUUUAGCUUAUGGCAGCAUGUUCACUAAGAUUUGGUGGGUUCAUACCGUGUUCACUAAGAAGGAUGAGAAAAAAGAGAAGAGGAAGCAUUUGGAACCCUGGAAGCUCUACGCAACAGUAGGAGUUUUACUGGCCAUUGACGUCCUGUCUAUGAUGAUCUGGCAGAUUGUUGACCCUUUGCACAUUACCUUAGAGAAGUUCACUAAAGAAGAUCCUAAAGAAGAUGUGGAUUAUUUGAUUCAGCCUGUACUGGAGCACUGUAGCUCAGAGAAGAUGAACACAUGGCUUGGAGUGGUGUAUGGCUAUAAGGGCCUGCUUCUGCUGCUGGGCAUCUUCCUAGCCUAUGAGACCAAAUCCAUCUCUACUGAGAAGAUUAAUGACCACCGAGCUGUCGGCAUGGCUAUCUACAACGUGGCUGUUCUAUGUAUGAUCACAGCUCCUGUGACGAUGAUUCUCUCCUCUCAGCAGGAUGCCUCUUUUGCCUUUGCAUCUCUGGCUAUCGUCUUCUCGGGCUAUAUCACUUUGGUGGUGCUCUUUGUGCCCAAGAUGCGGCGUUUGAUCAUGCGUGGGGAGUGGCAGUCUGAGCAGCAGGACACACUGAAGACGGGAUCGUCUACCAACAACAACGAUGAAGAAAAAUCACGGCAGCUCGAGAGAGAGAAUCGAGAACUCCAGAAGAUUAUUCAGGAGAAAGAGGAGCGCGUGACAGAACUACGAAACCAAUUAGCAGAGCGUCAGGCUCUCCGGGCUCGGAAACCAGUGUCUUGUCAGAACCAAAACCAGAACCACAGCGUCCCUCUUCUGGCUUCAUCUGAGCCUCCUGGCUACUCAACUGGCACAGAUCAGCACUCAGUACCUCCCUCCUUCUCCAACAACUCCACCCUCUACCAGGGAGAAGGCAAGCUCAGCCGGAAUCACUGCCACAACAGCCGACUGCCUCUUCUCUACAAAUGAGCCAGGCAGAACUGGAGAUAAACAGGCUGUGUGUCGAUGAGUUCAUGUGAGUUAACACAGUGUAGUUCAGCAUCUUUGGUUUUUAAUAAUUCUUUCACUCCAGUCAUUCUUUUAGCAAUAUUUUUCAAUAUAUGUUUACGUCUAGUGCUAUGCCAUCUCGUAUGUCACCACUGUAUCAAUAUUAACAUCAAUAUUCUACUGUGUAUCAAUGUAUAUUAUGGAGUUUGUCAUUUUACAACUUUCCUCAACCUACAUGUGUAAAGAAAGAAAGCACAAAAACUAAGCAGCCUUUGGUAAAUAACUAAAAUGAACAAGAAAAUUCU